GCUGCACAUGAUAUAAACAAUUUCCCCCCUCAAGUUUUGUAUUGGCGGAAUGUCAAGCAAAUGAAAAAAUCAUAAAAGUAUCAGGUUUGCCACUUAUUGUGAAUCAGUUAGAUACAUUUCUCGGAAGCUACAGACCCCGAUUUAAAAUGUCAAUCACCCACAUUGUCCUUUUCCAAUUCAAGCAGGAUGCGGCUCCUGAAUCUGUGCAAAACGCAUGCAAGAGGAUGCUCAGUCUAAAAGACCACUGCCUCUACCCAUCAACGGGAAAACCGUAUAUUCGAUCGGCGUCGGGUGGAAAGGAUAAUUCUCCAGAGGGAGCGCAGGGUGGUAUCACACAUGCAUUUAUUGUUGAGUUUGCCACAGCCGCAGAACGAGACUAUUACGUGGCGAGCGACACCGUGCAUCAGGAAUUUGUCAGAAGCCUGGAUGGGUUGAUUGAGAAGGCACUGGUGGUUGAUUUUACCCCCGGUGUCCUGUAGAGACCAUUGUUGGGGGCCUGUUCG